AUGCGGCCAGCAGAAGACAUUUAUCCGGCCCACCGGGUGUUUUUGCUGCCGCUGCCUGUCCUGCGGCCCUCAGUCCAGCCCUCCAACGUGGCCCGAACCUGUAACUUGAUCCUGAUUGUUCUGGAUGUCCUAAAACCCUUGGGACACAAGAAAAUAAUUGAAAAUGAGCUGGAAGGAUUUGGCAUUCGCUUGAACAGCAAACCCCCCAAUAUUGGCUUUAAGAAGAAGGACAAGGGGGGCAUUAAUCUCACAGCCACUUGCCCUCAGAGUGAGCUGGAUGCUGAAACUGUGAAGAGCAUUUUGGCUGAAUACAAAAUUCAUAAUGCUGAUGUGACUCUUCGUAGCGAUGCCACAGCUGAUGACCUCAUUGAUGUGGUGGAAGGAAACAGAGUUUAUAUCCCCUGUAUCUAUGUGUUAAAUAAGAUUGACCAGAUCUCCAUUGAGGAAUUGGAUAUUAUUUAUAAGGUACCUCAUUGUGUACCUAUCUCUGCCCAUCACCGCUGGAAUUUUGAUGACUUGUUGGAAAAGAUCUGGGACUAUCUGAAACUAGUGAGAAUUUACACCAAACCCAAAGGGCAGUUACCAGAUUACACUUCUCCAGUGGUACUGCCUUACUCCAGGACCACAGUGGAAGAUUUCUGCAUGAAGAUUCACAAAAAUCUUAUCAAAGAAUUUAAAUAUGCUCUGGUCUGGGGUCUGUCUGUGAAACAUAAUCCUCAAAAAGUGGGUAAAGAUCAUACCUUGGAGGACGAGGAUGUCAUUCAGAUUGUGAAGAAAUGAUACAUUCCCUUUUUCCCAUCUUCUGGGCCAACCACAGCAACUUUUCCCAUGGCCAACCACCCUACUCUCAACUCCUCCUGGGUUUGGCAUCACUGGAUCAGGAUUCUGGGGAGGGAGUUGGAGGCAUCCAAACUGGAACUUGACUUGUCUUACCAUGGUGUCACUUUGUAUGUCGAACUGCAUAAAAGACCUGGGAGGCCAGCU